GUCCGGAGAUCCAAGUGCGGCCCACAGGGGGCGCUUGCACACCAGACAGACCGCCUUGAGGGAGCCGCUAGCUGGGAGAACAGACCCAAGACCCUGCCUCGUGCUGCCACCAGUUCUACAGAGAGAUACAGGGGCUUGUCCCCAGUGAAGCGGAAUGCCCGAAAGAAGUCUGCGCUGGGUGGGGAGAACCCCUGUCCCGGAGAACCCCUGCCCCGCCCUGGCCUUCUUCAACCCGGUUUUUCCCUGGUGGUCCCUAGGUCACGUUCAACCCGGCUAGUUUGUCUGCCUCGCAUCUCAAAACUGCAAUUGGCCCGCCCCCCCCCCCCGAGCUGCGAUUGGUCGGCGCGUGGGGCCCCGCCCCAUUUUCCUGGAAAGUUCUUGGAAAUCUGUCAAAGGUGUUUCCUUUAGCGGCCCUGAGCCUACUCUAGGAGCCGGCGCCCCCGCCAGCGCCUCCCCGGCCCGGCAGCACUGCCGGCGGUUCUAGGAAGACGUCGCUUCCGGGAAGGGCUGGGACACAGAGGACAAAAGAUUAGGCGGCUCGCCCCGCCCCACCCUCCCGGCCCGCCCCCAGCGCCCUCCCGGCCAGCCAGCGCCUUGGCCUCUCAUUCCCAUCCCGUCGCCGGUGCGCCCUGGGAGCCUGCCUUACGAGCGAGACCUGCGCCCACGGGCUCCCUCCAGCCGCCACCGUCCGGCUGAGCCUCAGCUCCGGAGCUGCCGCUGCCGCUGCCGGGACAUGGUCCUCUGCGUUCAGGGACCCUGUUCUUUGCUGGCUGUGGAGCAGAUCGGGCAGCGGCCCCUGUGGACCAAGUCCCUGGAGCUGCCCGAACCAGCUAUGCAGCCUUUGCCUGCCGGGUCCUUCCUGGAGGAGGUGGCAGAGGAGAUCCCAGCCCAGCCAGAGAGUGAACCCAAGGUGCUGGACCCUGAGGAGGAUCUGCUAUGCAUAGCCAAGACUUUCUCUUACCUUCGGGAAUCUGGCUGGUAUUGGGGUUCCAUUACGGCCAGCGAGGCCCGACAACACCUGCAGAAGAUGCCAGAGGGCACGUUCCUGGUACGUGACAGCACCCAUCCCAGCUAUCUAUUCACUCUGUCUGUCAAAACCACUCGAGGCCCCACCAACGUACGCAUUGAGUACGCUGACUCCAGCUUCCGCCUGGACUCCAACUGCCUGUCCAGGCCACGCAUCCUGGCCUUCCCAGACGUGGUCAGCCUCGUGCAGCACUAUGUGGCCUCCUGUACUGCUGACACCCGAAGUGACAGCCCUGAACCUGCACCCACCCCAGCCCUGCCUACCCCUAAGGAAGAUGCACCUGGUGACCCAGCACUACCUGCCCCUGCAGUCACCGCCGUGCACCUAAAACUGGUGCAGCCCUUUGUGCGCAGAAGCAGUGCCCGCAGCCUGCAGCACCUGUGCCGCCUUGUCAUCAACCGUCUGGUGGCUGAUGUAGACUGCCUGCCACUGCCCCGGCGCAUGGCUGACUACCUCCGACAGUACCCCUUCCAGCUCUGACCCACCUGAGCAUCCACCUAGCCUCACCCAGACAUACCCUGGAAGGGACACGGGCCCCAGCUGGACUUGGGCUCCCAUCGUCCCUCCUCCAGUUAUCCUAGUGACUGCAAGCACCUGACAGCUGGACCAGGAAGAGUCAGCAGGAGCAAGGCUGGGGGUGAGGGUAGAGAAAAGUGUCACACAACUUGAAGGUCAACACCCCCAGCUCCCAUGUGGCUCCGUUGUGGUGAGCCAUGUGUCAGAAGAGAGGGAGACAGGUGGGACCUUGUCUCACCUUGUGGGUGAGGCCCAGGCCCCCAUUUGCCUGUUGUGGGCUCUUGAACUGUAUAGACUUUGCCAGCCCUGGUGUCUCAGUCCACAGGGUGGGGCAGGCCCCCUCCUUCUAGCCAGCCUGUCUCAGGAAGGAUGGCGGCCAGAGGAACUGAGGUUGACAGUGACAGUCCCUUGAUGGGGGAACAGGCCAGGCUGAGGAACUAUAAAGUUAUACAGUAUUUAUUUAUUUAUUCUCCUUGGGUUUGUCUCAAGGUGAGCCAAUCCCACCUCUCUGCCCUGAGCCCUGAGUGCUCUGGAGACCCCAGCUCUGCCCCAACUUCUCUGGUUCCUCCUGGUGGAGAGCCCCAUCCUGAGACAUGUUGCUGGAUCCAAGGCAGUUCUGGAUAUCCUGGCACUGACCCACCCACCUGUGAAUGUGUGCACCCUCUUCUGCCCCCAGCCCUGUUUUGGGAAGGUGGGAAAGCAGACAAGAAAAUGAAGCCAAAGUGUCAGUGCCCAGCAGAGCCUGCCACUCACCCCCUCGCAGGGCAGAGCCCUGUCUGCACAGAGCUGGUCUCGGUGGGGCACCAGCCUGCGGGAGCAUGUGUGCAGUGUCAGGAAGCAGCAUGUUGGCUCCACAGCUGCUGCUCCAGCUCUGCUGGUUCGGCUUCCUGCCCAGGAAGGUGCCUGCACGCGAGAGGGAAAGAAAUACCUAUCUGAUAAGACUUUAUAAAAUAAGUAUUAUAACAAGCAAAACCCAGUUUGGUAGUCUUUUUUCUUCCACUGAUUUUUCUGUAUUGACAAUAAAAUUGUACUUUUCACUUAA